UUAAGGUCAGAACGCCUUCGAGAAUAGACGAUGCCGUUAUAAAUUUCGUUUCUCUUAUAAACUACCUAACUACCAACCUAUUAUCACGGAACAUGACCAGGACGCUGUUUGUUUAACUGUUACUUUAAAAUUCAUAGUGCUAUAAAAGGAUAUAAUAGGAAAUAUUAAAAUUUAUGAUUUGUCGGGAAGCGGUCAUUGUAAUUUUUCUUGAGUAUAUACCUAAGGGAGACAAUCCAACUUUCUAUCCUUCACCGGAGGAUAAUGGAGAUUUUAAAGAGAAGACGCAGUAGCCACAACCCAAUUAUGUUAAUUUUUCGAAUAGAAAUAGAUUCCUAAUUCGCCUUCUCAUUAGUGAGGACCAGGAAUUAGGAGUGAACCUCUAAAGUGGCGCCGCCUGGUAGUCACCGAUCCGUGCUACACAAUAUAAAUAGUGUAUAUAUCUAUAUACAUACACCGUAGCAUGCUGCAGUCUGCACAGUGCACGCGCUUUCAAAGCUCAGAGCAGAGCCGAACGCAAAGCCAGUCGGUUUAUUUUUCUAUCCUCGUUUUCCACCGUGAUCCUCCCUAAUAAGUCAGUAAAAUGUUUAACUCACAUUCGGUUUAAAAUUAUGAUCGCAGUGUGAUGUCACUACAAUAAGAUACUUUUUAUCGUUGUCCAAAAAAGUCAUUAACAAGUGUUCUAAUUCAAGUGAUAGAAAAACAACGAAAAGAUUAGUAUUAGUAUUAAAUAACAGAGUGCAAAAAAAUAAAAACAAUGAAUUCGCAGCAGAAUGUAGCAGCGAUGCAAGCAUUAAUUGACCGCGAGAAAUUCUACAACUCGAUAAUCGAGUUGUUGAACCCAGAGACACGGCAGAAUGCCCUUGUUGAGCUGAGCAGGAUGCGCGACGCUCUGCCAGAUAUAACACCGAUGUUACGGAAUUCAUUUGAUACCGUUACAUCCCUUCUUCAAGAAAUUAUCUACAUUUAUCCGGCUAUCAAAUCUGCCACCCUCACUACACAUGAGAGUAACCGCGUCUGCAAUGCUCUUGCUUUGCUCCAGUGUUUUGCUAACAACCCCGAAACCCAGCCUUUUUUUAUUCGAGCACGGAUUCCAUUAUUCUUGUAUCCUUUCCUAGAUACAGAUAAUAAAACUAGACCAUUCGAGUAUCUGCGAAUGAACAGUUUGGGAGUAAUUGGAACAUUAGUGAGAAGAAAUGAACAAGAAAUUAUUCCAUUCUUAUUAAUAACAGGAAUGAUUCCUCUGUGCUUGAAAACCAUGGAAAAUGGUUCUGAACUCAGUAAAACUGUGGCUACCAUUAUAAUGUACAAAAUUUUAGUGAACAGCAAUGGUUUGUCCUACAUAUGUGAGACCUAUGACAGAUUUAGUCAUGUCACAAGGUUUUUUGAAAAGAUGCUGUUAUGUCUGGCCAAGGACCCUUCUGUACGUCUUUUGAAGUAUGUUAUAAAAUGUUAUCUGCGGUUGUCUGACGAUCAAAGGUAUUUUAAUAUUUUUAAAUUGCUAGAUUUAAUAAUCAUGUUUCUACUAUUAACAAAAGUACAAUUUAUAAAAUAUAAUUUAUUUUUCAGAGCUCUAUUAGCAUUAAGAGAAUGUUUACCAGAUCAGUUAAAAGAUAACACCUUUACACAUUGUUUACAAGGUGAUAUUUUAGCUAGACACUGGUUGCAUCAGUUGUUAAAAAAAUUGGGACCUGGUUUCAGUUGAGUCAAGAUACAAGGGCCAUCAACAAGUUUCCUUUGACUUCUUAAUAAGUGAAACUUAGGCAGCUCAAUAUUGUUAACUUUAGGAUAUAGGGUUGUUACAUGCUUGAAAGCCUCUUAUGUUUGUAAAAAUCAAGACAAUUUUUAAAAAUGUACAAAAAUGCACAAAGGUAAUAUUUUUAUAAUGUGUGAGAUACAAAUAGAAUUAUUGCGAAAUCUUUAAUGCUCAAUUUAUGAAGUUAAAUUUAUAAUCAAGCAAAUAGUUUCCUUAAAUUUUGAAUAAUGAAAAUCAAAAAACGUUUAAUUUUCAAUGAAGUAUACAUUCAAGUAAAUUUAUCAGAUCCCUAAUAUUAUAUUUCAUAAUAUUAGGGACUGUGGUGAAAAUUUGAAUAUAAAAAAUAUUAAAUUACUUUUCAGUGUAUUAUUAUUGUUAAAUGGAUCUGGAACGUUGUUUUUUUCUUUUUAUUUAUAAAAUUAGCAGAAUAUAUUUUAUUAAUCAGAACAAAAGUAUCAAUAUUUUUCAUACACAGACACUUAUAAUUAUUAGUUAAGAAAAAAUCUAAAAUAUCAAACAUUUUCGUGAACGUAAAUUGUGGCAACCCAAAAAAACCUUUCAGUAAAAUUGAAGUAAAUUGUACAUGUCUUAAGUUAUGGAAAACGUUGAUUUGAGAUUUUUACAAUGUAAUGUAGAUUAUCUAGUAUCAACCACUUUUAUUAAAACUAGUCGAUUGUGUUCUCUAUAAAUUUGUUAAUAUAAUAAAAGUAGAAAUUACAUAAGAUUUGUAAUAAGGUCUGAAAUUAAUCUUACUUUUAAUGUGAAAAUAUUUAAAUUCUUGUCAUAAAUCCAAUUGUAUAAAAUAAAAAUGCUAAGAAAUAGUGACUUUCAUGUGUGCAAAACACGAUUAUGGGGAUGAAAAAAAGGUCGUGUAAUUUACACAUGCCAGUUUUUAUUUGUAAAUAAUCUUAAUUCUAUGGUUGUUUGCUUAGCUUAAAGAAGUGUGAAUGGUUGUUGUACAUCUAUAAAUGAAAAAUAGGUAAUAUAAUAGUAAAUUUAUGUAUUUUAUUAAGAGAUAAGUUGAGACUUACUAAUAUGUAACAUAAUUAUGUAAUUUAUUUGUUUUUUCAAUAAAAACAUAUUUUUCUUACAAAUCAUUUUUUUCAACAUAAAUGCAAUAAAAAUUAUUGCUUAAAAAAUAAUAUUUUGGAAGUAUAUGAACAACAAUUAGACUUUUUGAUUUUUAAGUAUCACAUUAUUUUUAAAAGAAGUUACACAAGUAUAGAAUAAAAAUUAAUAAAAAAGCUAGUUUUUUUAGUAACACCUUGCACUACCUGAUAUCACAAAUUCUUUAAGGCAGGUCACAUUUAUAAGGCCAGGCAUAAUAUAACAGCGUAUUAAAGCAUACUUUAAUACAUUUCAAUAACCAUAGCAAAGAUUUUUAAAGCAAUUGGGUAAUCCUGUAGCUCAUGUUAGGCAAAUUUGGCUGAUAUCCCAGCUGAAUGGUCUUAUAUGGUUGAUAUUCUUUUUAGUAAUUUUGGCUCUUUUUCUUCUGAUUUUCUGUUUCAUUAGGAGUUUUAUUUUUAUUAAAAUUUUUAUUUAGAUGCAUUUGAUAAUUAUCAUCUUCAGUAUUGUUGUCAUAUCUAUUAAAUACUAAAUUAUAACACAAAAAUUCUUGAUUAAUAGAAAUAUUAUUGUUUCUAUCAAUAUUAUUCUCAAAAUCCACAUAAAAAUUAUUUCUUAUUUUAUAAAAGACACAAUUGCUUUUGACUGGACUAACAUGUAUUAAUUUUACCAUGAAAAAGAAAGACUUCCAAAGUCAUUCAUAUUUCAUAGGCUAUAAUGUGGUAUAUUACAAUCGAUAUAAUAAAGAAAUAAAAAAGCAUAUUGAAUAAUAGAAUCAAAUUUUUAAGAUUGCAAAAGGAUGCUCAUGAAUUAAGAAAUUUAGCUUCUGUACUGAUAAAAUGCGCAUAUCAGUAAAGCUAUCAUAUAUAAGUCAACUCCGUACACUCGAUUAAAUGCUAACGCCGGGACGUAGAUAACCAGGGGUACUCUAUGUAAAGUAACUGCAACAAGUGGAAAAUCGCUCUUAAUAACCUGUCCCGCGGCGUUGUUUGAUUCUAAACGCGCGAUAAUCUUAUUGGACCGUUUCAAUUAGCAACAGACUAUUUUCAGAUUUUUUUGUUCUAUUGUCUAAAAUUACUCACCAUUUUAAUGAGAAAGAUGAUUGAUCCUAUUAUGCUUACGACGUGGUUGAACCUUACUUCGAAAUAUUAAAAAGAAGCGAGCCAAAUAGAAAAAGAAAUUGGCGAUGUAAUUGAACAGAUAUAAAUGUAUAUAGACAAUAUACGAGUGCAUAUCUCGUAGGAGAGGAUGUAAUUUGUAGGCCAUAAAAGACCGAAGAUAAUAACAACGACUAUGAUCAAUGAGACGAAGCAGUCGGCGAUUGAUGCACCAAAACUGGGUUCGGGUUUCAUUCGUAUACAUACAUUUCGGCCGGAAAUCCUAAUAUCGCUAUACCCAAUAUAUUAUAACUAUUGACACAAUUAUGUAACUGUGUCAAUAGUUAUGUUUUUAUGUUAGAAAUGAGUGUCGUGACAAUACACGAAUGCAAAGAAAUUCAACGGUCCCAUUCUCUUAUAAAAACAACGCGUUACCUUGCGAUGAGCAAUAUGUUUAUAGGGAACAUCUGUUUUGGCAACUAACGAGAUAUUCCUGUAUAUCAUAACAACCAUUUCACAGAUAUUUUCCCUUAUUGAUGUGUAGAAAAAAUUUUUUUUUAGAAUAACUAGAAUCUUAACAAUUUUCUAUUUUGGUACGACUUUUAUAUCUUUGAAAAUGAUAUUUUUCACAAUGAACCUUUUUAUAUUACAAAUGUACUUGAAAUGUAGCAAGUAGAAUAAUUUUUAGAAAUAAUAAUAUAUCUACUUAUUUUUGCUUAUCCAAUAAUAAAUUGUUUUUAUUUUAAUUACAGUACUAAUAAUGUGUAUGUGUCAAAUAACUUUUAUUUUAAUGCAAAACACUGAUCUAUUUCACUCAAGAACUUUAAGAAAUAAUAACUAUUUUUGAAUCGGCAAAAUACUCUUUAUAUACAAGCUAAAUCUUAUGUAUACAUUACUACAUGUUACGGAAUAUGUAUUUUUUUAUAAAAUAAUAAGGAAAUUCUGACAUUCAAGUUCUAUUAAACAAUCUAUAAGUAUCAACUUAUGAUCAAGAUAAUUAUAAAUUUAAAAAUAUACAUAUACAAGCAGAA